CGGCACCGUAGGUGAGGCCGACGGCGUGGGUCUUCUCUCUGCGGAUCUGCGGCUUAGGCGGCUGCUGGUCCGAAACGGCUGCAGUUAAAGCCUUGGGAAGACAGGGAAGCGGCGAAGGUUGUUUCAGCGGUUUUGGAGUUCGAAAUGCUUUACCUGAUCGGCUUGGGGCUGGGAGAUGCCAAGGACAUUACAGUCAAAGGCCUGGAAGUUGUAAGACGCUGCAGCCGAGUGUAUCUGGAAGGCUACACCUCAGUCCUGACUGUAGGGAAGGAAGCCCUGGAAGAAUUUUAUGAAAGAAAAUUGAUUGUUGCUGAUAGAGAAGCAGUAGAACAAGAAGCUGAUGAUAUUUUAAAGGAUGCUGAUAUCAGUGAUAUUGCAUUCCUUGUUGUUGGUGAUCCAUUUGGGGCUACCACACAUAGUGAUCUUGUUCUGAGAGCAGCUAAGCUGGGAAUCCCUUAUCGAGUUAUUCACAAUGCUUCCAUCAUGAAUGCUGUUGGCUGCUGUGGUUUACAGUUGUAUAAUUUUGGAGAGACGGUGUCUAUUGUUUUUUGGACAGACACCUGGAGACCCGAAAGCUUCUUUGACAAAGUGAAGAAGAACAGACAAAAUGGCAUGCACACAUUAUGCUUACUAGACAUCAAAGUAAAGGAGCAGUCUUUGGAAAAUCUAAUCAAGGGAAGGAAGAUCUAUGAACCUCCUCGGUAUAUGAGUGUCAACCAGGCAGCCCAGCAGCUUUUGGAAAUUGUGCAAAAUCAAAGAAUACGAGGGGAAGAACCAGCAAUCACUGAGGAGACACUUUGUGUUGGCUUAGCCAGGGUUGGAGCAGAGGACCAGAAAAUUGCAGCAGGCACUUUACAGCAAAUGUGUACUGUGGACUUGGGAGAACCAUUGCAUUCCCUGAUCAUCACAGGAGGCAGCCUGCAUCCGCUGGAGGUGGAGAUGCUAAGUCUGUUUUCCAUUCCAGAAAAUAGCUCAGAAUCUCAAAGCAUCGAUGGAGUCUGAAUAUAGACAUAUCCUGUUGUCUGAUAUUAAUUUUAGUCAUCUAUGGAUAUAUACAUAUUUGUAUAACAAAUUAAACAAGUCUUUUGGCUUAUGUACUACAUAUAAAACAAGUGACCACAAAGAAAGAGGUUGACUCGACCAUGUUUGGUUUCCUCCAGUGAGGUUUUCCCUAUAAUAUCGUCUGUCAUUGCAGCUCUUUUGGCAACUCUCCAGACUACACUCAUGGAGCAGACCAAGCUGGACUUUUCGGUAGGCGUCCAUAGACAGAACCAUUGAAAAAUGGUUUUAAUUGAUGAAACCAACUUAUACAAGAUGGUUGUUACAGAGUAUGACUGAGAGGUAACUGGAAUGUAGUCACUUGAAUCCCAGCUUUAAAGUGAAGAAAUGCCAGGAGUAGCAAGAAAAGCAGAUAAAGUACUGGUAACAUAUCAGAUAUUGUUUUUAUAAUUUUCCUUUUUCUUAAAAGACAGCUGUCCUGACUAGGACAAGUUGUGUGACAGCAGCUGGUAUAAUGACCCGUAAACAGAGCGGGUAAGACUAAAUCUCUACCCAGCAGUCCUACAUAUUUAAAGCUUAGCUGAGCACGUGCCACAAAAUAACAUUCUUCUAAAUUGGCUGUCUUGGUUAGCUGACAUCCUAAUUUUGUGGCUCAUAUUGUGCUAUAUUUUGGAGGUUAGGUAAUUGUUUAAUUAUAAAUGUUUAGCCAGCCAUGUACAGUUGCUUUUUGGCAUUAAAUAGCAUCUUUCAUACCCAAGCAGAUAAAUGGAAAACUUGCUGAUUAUAAAAUAAAAUUUUAAACAAUUUAAGUUUGAAGGCCACAAUGGAUUAGCUAAGAUUCAUCAUAUCAUGUAAUUCAGUUAAUAUGCCAUUAUAUAUUGUAUAUAGUCGCAAUCCAAUUCUAUUUAUUUAUUUAUUUAUUUGAAAGGCAGAGUGUCGGGGCCGGCACCGUGGCUCACUUGGUUAAUCCUCUGCCUGCGGCGCUAGCAUCCCAUAUGGGCACCAGUUCUAGUCCCGGCUGCCCCUCUUUGCUCUCUGCUAUGGCCUGGGAAAGCAGUAGAAGAUGGCCCAAGUCAUUGGGCCCCUGCACCCACAUGGGAGACCAGGAAGAAGCACCUGGAUCCUGCCUUCGGAUUGGUGCAGCCCCGGCCAUUACAGCCAUCUGUGGAAUGAACCAAUGGAAGGAAGACCUUUCUCUCUGUCUCUGCCUCUCACUGUCUGUAACUCUACCUCUCAAAUAAAUAAAUCAAAUCUUUAAAAAAAAAAAAAAAGAAUGAAAGAAAGGCAGAGUGUCAGAGAGAGUGGGAAAGACAGAGAUCUUCCAUCUGCUGGUUCACUCCCAAGUAUCCUCAUCUCCUGCAUGGGUGGCAGGUGCCCAAUACCUGGGCCAUCUUCUGAUACUUCCUCAGGAUCAUUAGCAGGAAGCUGGAUCAGAAGCAGAGUAGCCAGGACUUGACCCAGCACUCCAGUAUGGAUGUGGGCAUCUUGACUCACUGCAUAACAAAGCUAGACCCUUACUAAUUUUCAGUAAUACUAUACUUAUUAUUUCUCUUGACCAGAGUUUUAUACUUUUUGUCAGUUCAAAAUAGAAAUAGCUUUGAUGAAUGCCAGUUAAUCCAACUCUAUGUAUUUCUGUGACUUAAUCAGUUUAUCAGACCUCUUUGCUUAGUAAAUUUGUUGGCUGCUAAACAACAAUUUUUCUUCUACAUAGGAUUAUCAGUUAGCUAGGGAUGAUUUUGACUUUCUGGACACUCUUUGCAGUUCUGUUGGUCUGUGUAUCCUUCUUCCCCACACUAUCUAUCUUCAUUAUUUUAGCUUUAUGUAUAUAUAUAUUUUUUUUAAGAUUUAUUUAUUUACUUGAAAGGCAGAGUUACAGAGAGGCGGGGAGAGAGAGAUAGAGAAAGAGAUUUUCUAUCCCAAAUGGCUGCAAAGGCCAGAGCUGAGCCAAUCCAAAGCUAAGUGCCGUGAGCUUCUUCCGGGUCUCCCACGUGGGUGCAGGGGCCAAAGGACUUGGGCCAUCUUCUACUGCUUUCCCAGGCCAUGGCAGAGAGCUGGAUUGGAAGUGGAGCAGCCAGGACUUGUACUGGUACUUUAUGGUAUAUCUUAAAAACAGGUAGGAUGAUGCCUCUAACUUAAUUCUUUUUUCAAAAUUGUUGGAGCUAUUCUAGUGUCUGUGCCUUUCAUAAAUUUUGCAAUGAGUUUGUCAUCUGCAAAAGAGCUUGAGACUUUGAUUGGAAUGGUUUGAUGUGGUAUGAAUAUUUUGGAUUUCAUCUAUUUGGGGCUUAAUCAACUUUUAGAAUCUGGGUUUAUGUCAUUAACGUUGGGAAGUUUGCAGCUAUUAUUUUCUCGAAUUGUUUUUUUUGUUUGUUUUUGGGGGGAGUUUUUCUUUGUUUUAUUUUUACUUACUUGAAUGUCAGUGAGACAGAACUCUCAUCUGCUGGUUUGCGUUGCAUAUAGCUGGGUAGGCUAGGAGAGGGUAAUACAAUCCAGGUCUUGUACAAGGGUGGCAGGUACCAAAUGACUUGAGACAUCACUGCUACCUUCCAGAGUCUGCUUUUGUGGGAAGCUGGAGUCAGGAGUCAGCAAAUUUGGGCACUCCAGUGUGGCACUAGGCCAAACACCCACUUGUUCCUCACAUAUUUUUUAGGCAUGGGAUACUUUAUUCUCUUUUGGAACUGUGAUAAUAUUAAUGUAUGACUUUUUUCCCCACAUUUUUGAGCUCUAAUCAUUGUGCCUUCAAAUCUAUUUUUUCUGUUACUGAGGGUGCAAAAUUUCUGUUGAUGUAGUUUAAACUUCACUGACUCAUUCCCCUUUUUCUCCAUUUUGCUAGUGAGUCCAUUCUAUAUGUUUUUCAAAUUUUGCUAACUAUUCCAAGAUUUACAAUAGGUUCUUUUUAUAUAUUCUAGUUCCUAUUUUAACAUUUGUUGCUGUAUUAUUUGUUAUUGCUGUUCAAACAUUUCUGUAAUAGCAGCCGUAAGAUCUUUGUUGGAUAAUUCCAACAUUGAUGUCAUCUUUACUUUGACAUCUGUUCACUGUUUUUCUUCCGCAAGUUAGACAUUUUUGUGGUAUUCUAUCAAGUAAUUUUGGAUUGUAGCUUUGACAUUUUGAAUUUUAUGUUAUGGAAUUCUGGGUCAUGUGGUAGGUAAUUCAGUGCAGAACGUUAGGCUAAAUUCACAAUAUUCACAAUAUGAUUAUAUGUCUGCCUUCUGUGGGCUCUGGUUCCAACAUCAGUUUAGUUUUCAAAGACUGCAGUUCUCUUUGAAUGAGUCUCAGGUUUGUGCCACUCAGUCUGCAUUUUAGGAGGUCCUUUGUUGGAUAAUUUGGCUCUUGAGGUUGUUUGCUGUGCUAAGGAGAAUCACUUUCAGGCAUUAGUGAUUUGUGGGUGCUCCUUGGGGUUCAUAAACAACUUUGAGGAUAUCCUAGGAUCCUACCCUCCAUGAUUUCUAUACUACUUCCUAGUUCCGUAGGUUCUGCCUUUCAGUCCUUUGACUAGAAACCUGGGAUUCCAGUUACUCUGUUCUCCAUUUUAUACCUUUAUGAUUGGGCUUACAUCCUGAUCCAUGUGAAGGACUGACAAAGAAAAGAAAAAGUAACAGGGUUUUUGCUCUACCCCUUUGAAACCAUGACUCUCCCAAACAGAAAAACCAUCCUGUAUCAAAGUUGUAGUUCUGUGGUUCCCAGAGCUGCUGGCCACACUACAGGAUUGCAUGGGCAAAGUCUUUUUGCUCCAAAUAGUUUAACUACAAAUGUAAUAACUUUGCCUUUUUUUUUUUUUUACAGGCAGAGUUAGAGACAGAGAGAAAGGUCUUCCUUUUCUGUUGGUUCACCCCC